CUCUCUCUCUCUCUCUGCAGUCUUUGCUCUUGCAUGAAUUGGUGGAGGAGCUCCAGACAAACAGGAAGAAGAUGGCGAUCACUCGGCUCCUCCGUUCCUCCCUCCGCUCCCAGCUUUCUUCAUAUGCAAGACAUGCAUCUUCCAAAAGUUGCCAGGAGCACCUCAUACAAGUACCUAUCCUUGCCAGACUGUAUAGUUCCGGGGCAUCCUUACAGAAGGAAGAAUCAACUGAAUCGAAAGAUGGUCAAGGGUUUAAGGGCCAUGAUAUGCUGGCUCCUUUUACAGCAGGGUGGCAAACUACAGACGUGCAUCCAUUGGUGAUUGAAAAGUCUGAGGGUAGCUACGUGUAUGACACUAAUGGGAAGAAAUACCUUGACUCUCUGGCGGGUCUAUGGUGCACAGCAUUAGGUGGCAAUGAACCACGACUUGUUAAUGCUGCUGUUGCACAGUUGAACUCCUUGCCAUUUUAUCACUCGUUUUGGAAUCGCACUACCAAACCAUCUCUGGACCUUGCUAAGGAACUUCUAGAAACUUUUACUGCAAGGAAAAUGGCUAAGGCAUUUUUUACCAAUAGUGGAUCAGAAGCCAAUGAUACUCAGGUGAAGUUGGUCUGGUACUACAAUAAUGCACUUGGAAGACCUGAAAAAAAGAAGUUUAUAGCUCGUGCAAAAUCCUAUCAUGGUUCAACAUUGAUAGCAGCAAGUCUUUCUGGCCUACCAGCACUGCAUCAGAAGUUUGAUUUGCCGGCUCCAUUUGUGUUGCAUACUGACUGCCCUCACUACUGGAGAUAUCAUCUUCCAGGUGAGACGGAAGAGGAGUUCUCAACCAGAUUAGCCAAUAAUUUGGAGAAUCUUAUCCUCAAAGAAGGACCAGAGACGAUUGCUGCAUUUAUUGCCGAACCUGUUAUGGGGGCUGGAGGUGUAAUACCCCCUCCGGCAACAUAUUUUGACAAGGUUCAAGCUGUUGUCAAGAAAUACGAUAUUCUGUUUAUAGCAGAUGAGGUGAUUUGUGCAUUUGGAAGGCUGGGAACAAUGUAUGGAUGUGACAAGUACAAUAUUAAACCAGAUCUUGUAUCCGUGGCUAAGGCCCUUUCUUCUGCCUAUAUGCCCAUUGGAGCUGUAAUGGUGAGCCCCGAAGUUUCGGAUGUGAUUCACUCUCAAAGCAACAAACUUGGUUCUUUUUCCCAUGGAUUCACAUAUUCCGGACAUCCUGUAUCCUGUGCUGUUGCAAUAGAAGCUCUCAAAAUAUACAAGGAAAGAAACAUUCCCGAACAAGUAAAUAGAAUUGCUCCAAAAUUCCAGGAUGGAUUGAAAGCCUUCUCUGACAGUCCAAUCAUUGGAGAGAUUCGGGGAACUGGGCUGAUUCUUGGUACCGAGUUUGCGGACAACAAAUCACCUAAUGAUCCAUUUCCUCCUGAAUGGGGAAUCGGUGCAUACUUUGGAGUGCAAUGCGAGAAGCGCGGUAUGUUGGUGCGUGUGGCUGGCGAUAACAUUAUGAUGUCUCCGCCUUUCAUAAUGACUCCUGAAGAGAUUGAUGAGCUGAUAAGAAUCUACGGGGAGGCGCUGAAGGCAACGGAGGAGAGGGUGAAGGAACUGAAAUCCCAGCAGAAGUGAUGCCACAGAAGCAGAUGAUGGCGAAAAAACCGGCCUGCAGUCUUCUUUGCAAUGUAAAUCCAUUUGGUGUUGUGACGUCUGAAACAAAUGGGUAUUUGAAUAAAGAAUCUGCAUAUCUUCUCUCCUGGUGUGGCAGUCAUUUACUAAACAUGGCUCGUUC